AUGUGCAAGAUUAUCAAGUACCGAUAUGCCUGUCAGCACGGAUUCAGCGUGAGACUGUCCAAAUGUGGCGGCACAAAACACAAACAGUCACGUCGCCGGCCAACAGCUGCAUGCAAGCCUGGUGCGUACAUUAACAUGUUCAUUCCCGUCAACUGCGGUCCGUGCGAGUUUCUAGCUUUCGAGAGGGAUCGAGACCGAAAGUUGUCUAUGGCAGAGGGGUUUCUGGAAAAGAUCACGGAGAAACAGUUUCCUGGAGUGCUUGAGGUGACGAUUUUGGUCGACGAGCUGAAGAAUAGGCUCAGUACUGAGACGUGGGUUGCCCAAAAGCGCUUUCCUGACACCCACAAGGACCGCACUAUUAUCCGAGUCGAGCUUGGCCACUCCACGGCCCAAGCAUCUCCCCUCCGCAACGAAGUGUUCCCUGACGACAUACCUGAGCCGCCAGAGGUGAUUCACCCCGAUCAUCCAGACUACGUCUACGAUUACGACUAUGUUGCCAGUACUGAUCCAUUGCAUCCAGUCGACGUGAACUACACGGUUUAUGAAACUGAUUCCACCUGGAUAGCAGACUAUUUCUCACCUGAGGAUUUGGAACAGACAGGUGAUGAGGUUGGCUUUGACGCGACGGACGAGGCGAACGCAGCAUGGACGGCAAACACUCCGGAACCACCUGCACCGACAUCG